UCUUGCAAUAUCCUAUAUCUGACUAUAUCAUUCAGUAUUUACAUUCACGAAUGCCGUCUCUCUCGGGAGAUAUCUCUGUCAUCAGAUCUCGCAUAUUAGGCUAUAUCUCCUACGUAUCUCCUUCGAUGGCUACCUUAAGACGGAGUUGCCUCCGUCCGCUUCACAUGUAGAUCGUCGCCGUGCAUACCUCCUCAUCACUAUUGAUGGAUAUUUUUGAACCUGCCUCUCCGAUGUUCAUCCGGGUGGUGGCUCACCGGAUAAUUUCCCUUACGACAGCCGAUGGAGUUGACUGUCUCAGGGUGAAGGAACUUUAACUGGAAUGGCUCCACGAUUCAGCGGGUCUGCCGGACAUUCCAAACACCGGCGUUUGGCACUCGACGCUUGACUCAGGACACUAUUGAACGCUUGAACCUGCUCACUCGCAGGCUAGAAUCUUUCAAUCUCAAAAUAUGCCGAAUUAACCCGAGGUUAAACCACGUUCAGGGUAUUCCUGUCUGAUGGUCAUAUCCCACCGGAUGGGUUAAAUUCCGCCAAAAGAGUAGGUAUAUAUACUGUCUUCCAGCGGCAGGUCGUCAGCUAGAUUUGUCAAUCCACAAACGAAGUGAAAAUCCAACGCGCACUCAAAUCCAUCAUUUGAUAUAUUUCCAAGAUGAAGUUCCUUACUCCUCUUUUCCUUAGCUCCCUUGCCUCGGCUGCUGCCCUCACUCGCCGAGCGGAUAUGUGUGGGCAAUGGGACACCACCACUACCAGCAAGUUUACCCUGUAUAACAACCUUUGGGGCCAGGGCAAUGCGGACAAAGGCGGCAGCCAAUGCACCGGCCUCGACUCGGACAACGGAAACAGUAUUUCCUGGCACACCAGCUGGACUUGGACCGGUGGACAAGGCCAAGUCAAAAGCUUUGCCAAUGUUGCCUACAACUUCGGGGCUACCCAGCUGAGCAAGCUGAGCAGCAUCCCCAGCACAUGGAAGUGGAAGAACACUGGUUCUAACGUCGUUGCGGAUGUCGCAUAUGACCUCUUCACCUCAUCCAGCGCGAACGGAAGUGAGGAGUAUGAGAUCAUGAUCUGGUUGGCAGCCUUGGGCGGUGCUGGCCCUAUCUCGUCGACCGGCUCUGCCAUUGCUACCCCCACUGUGGCUGGGAAGAAGUGGUCCUUGUACAAGGGACCUAACGGCCAGAUGACCGUGUUCAGCUUCGUCGCCUCUUCCACCACCGAGGAUUUCUCGGCCGACCUGAACGAUUUCCUCAAGUAUCUGCAGCAGGAACAGGGCCUGCCCUCCACCCAGUACCUGACCCAUGUGCAGGCGGGUACCGAGCCCUUCAGUGGAAGCAAUGUCAAAUUCACCACCUCCUCGUACUCUGUAUCUGUUGCCUAAUCGCCUCCGCCAGGCAGAUUGGGAUCACCGUUGUAAAUAGUUUGUGGCGAUGCUAGGCGCCGUGUUUCAGGGACCGUCAGGGAUAGCGGGAUGAAUGGAGGGGAAAAGGUUAUGUGGGAUAUACGUACUUCAGGAAGGAGGAUGAAUCAUCCCGUGUCUUGACGAGGGGGGUACACGCUGUCUGUUGCAUGGUUCUUUGUGUGAAUAAUUGUGAUCGUUUCGUUCUACCCGCUUUGUUGCAGUGGAUCUGGAGUUUUAGCUUGUUGGAGUACAUUCCGUACAUAGGUUUUAUUUUAGAAAGUAAGGAUGGAAUCAUCUAAAUAUAAAUGCCCAGCGUCUAAUGAGACAGUCGUAUGGGACGAUGAA